UUUAAAUUGUUGUCAGAUUCAUGUUUGAUAAAAUUACCAAAAACUUUGAUGGAGUUCUCAUUAUAAGAUAUUAUUUAGUAAGUCAAAUUUAAUUGUUUAAUGAACCAGAACUAUCUAGUAUUAUACAUCUUUGCCAACGGUUGUAUGAACUUGGCUUUGAUAAGCGUCAUAAGGAGCUGAUAACGCCAGUCAUGAUGAACAUUAUCUAUUCUAUUCUGCAAUGGCAAUGCAUCUACUUCAUGGCCUUCAUUAUGAUUCCCAAUCUGACAAACCAAGCAAAUGAAAAGGAAUUUAGAACUUCGGAGCUUUUAGAGGCAAAAUCAGGAUACCUUCCUGAGACAGCAAAACCGAAAGAGAAGGAUGCAGUGCCGCCCCAUUUCUUUGUGAAUACCGCCAAGUGCAAGAUUCCGUAUGUGGAUCCUUUCGAGCCGAAUGCCAUGGCAGUGUACCAUCACGAGCACUUCGAGUCUUGUUCCAACGAAAGUGCCUUGGUUACCCCUAUUUAUGACGUCAGCCGAAGGCGAUAUGUGUUGUUUAUCAACGAAACACUAGCCUCUAUUAUUCUGAAAUCUAAAAAGGAGAAGUACAGCUGUUACUAUCAGAAGAUAACCCGCAAUCGGCGGCACGACAGUUAUAAAAAGGCAAAACGGAAGUACUUCACUCAGAACUACAAAGUACCUCCCGAUGUUCAGGGACUGAUUUUGGCCUGUCAUCGUCUUGGCGACGAGUCUGACAUUUUGCAGAGCGAUGCCUACAGCCUCAUCCAACACAGCCCACCUCCCAAAGGACUUUCGAUGGAUCCGGCUAAAAGGAAGCCAAGUGUACUUAUGUUCGGCAUAGACAGCCUGUCGCGGAUAAAUUUGCGUCGAACGAUGCCAAAGGUCUUUAACUUUCUAAAGGGCAGCGGAUGGUUUGAGCUGCAGGGAUACAACAAGAUAGGCGACAACACCUUCCCCAACCUUCUGUCCAUUUUGGCUGGCUAUCAUCCAGACUCGGUCUUGGAAAAGGUGUGCGACUGGCGCAAAAAGGGCUGCCUGGACCAGAUUCCCUUCAUAUGGAAGCUCUUCCGGAACGCCAGCUAUCUGACUGCCUAUGGCGAAGAUGAGACGGGCAUAAAUACAUUUAACUCGAUGGUACCCGGGUUUCUGGAGCAACCCACCGAUUACUACCUCAGGCCCUUCCAGCAGGCCUUCGAGUGGGGCCUGAAGUCCUGGAAAUGCCACGACUGCUCUAUGAGGUACUGCAUUGGCCGAAGGAUCACCAGUAGCUACGCCUACGACAUGGCCAGGAAUUUCGCCAGGCGUUUCCUGCACGAGCGUCCCAUAUGGGGUCUUUUCUGGUCGAACAGCUUCAGCCACGACAGCUUUCAGAUGCCCUCGAAAAUGGAGGACUAUGUCCUGCAGUAUCUGCUGGAUUUCCAGGCGGAUGGGGUGUUCGAGCAGAGCAUUAUGAUAUUCCUCUCGGACCAUGGAGCUCGUUAUGGGAAAAUCAUGUACUUGCCCAGUGGGUUCCUGGAGGAGCGUCUGCCCUCGAUGUUUAUAUACUUGCCGCCCUGGUUCCGGGACCAAUAUCCGGAGUAUGUGCGCGGUCUUCGGGAGAACCAAAACCGCCUGACCUCCAACUACGAUCUGCACAACACCCUGAAGCACAUCGUCGAACUGGGGGGUACUCCAGGUGGCCAGAAACUCACCAAAGCAGCCGACUGUCCAAAGUGCCAGUCUGUAUUCCUUCCCAUCGAUGAGUCGAGAACUUGUGGGGACGCUGGAAUUCCGGAGCACUACUGCACCUGCGUGCCAUUCAAGAGACUUCAGGCCCAUUGGGCUAGGCGGAUUGCUCCCCAGGUGAUAAGGCGAAUCAACGAGUACCUGGCCGCCAGGAAUCUCAGUGGCCUUUGCUCGGAACUAACUUUAAAGUACAUCCACCAUACUGAGAUCAAAAUCAACCUAGACCGGAGUUUCAAUGAUGAAGUGCCCUUUACAGAUGUGGCCACCUAUCGCACCAUGUUCAAAGUGAAUCAGAACUCUGCCGAUUUUCGAGCCACCGUUCUCUUCAACAAUUUCACCGGGUCUGUGGAAGUGGAGGUGCCCUCCAUCAGUCGGCUCGACAGUUAUGAAGAGGUUUCCACUUGUGUCGACGACAAAACCGACAAGAAGUACUGCAUUUGCAAAUCUAAUUAUUUCCAUCGAUUCAUCAGAAGAAUUCUAAAGUUCAACAUUUUUAAUUUUAAUUAAAAAUUGCUUGGCUUUCCUUAACGCAGUGCCUUUAAAUUUUAUAUCGUUAUCAGUCAAUUUUCGGAUAGAAGAAAUUAUAUUUACCCUUUUUUC